AUGACUCAGGAUGUAUGUGAACCUCAACUUACAGGAUGGAAAACAGAAAAAUUUGUUUUAAAAUUAAACAAAGCAAAUAAUUGUGUGAAAAUGAAAAGUGGUGAUUUAGUACUAAUAGACAAUAUUGCAACUUCACAAUUAGAUCAAAGCAUAUUGAUUAUUGGACGAAAAUUCGAGAAAGUUGUAGAGUAUUUUAAUAUACCCUGUUCUUCAGAAUUAUUGAACAUACAUUUAGUUUCACAACUUAAUUAUCUUCAGUCAUGGAAAUUAUCAGACAUUAGAGAAAAAAUGAUUCGUUUCCCCAUGCUAGAUGAUGAGACGAGAUCUGUUGUUAUGCCUUUGUUGUAUUUACAAUAA